AUGACUAUCAGUACCACGGCCGCUCGAUCGACGGAAUCGAUCGUCACGAAACGGGACCCACAGCAACCACAGCUCAACAACGGACACGAUCGGCAGCGGUUGCGGCGAGAACGACCGAGAACGCAACAUCCAGUAAUGAUGGUGACCAGUUUUCUGUCCAAACCCAUCCUACCUGCCGUAAUGGCGCACGGCACACUGCUGCUAGCGAUACUGCUCGUGACCUCCUGCGCUAUGCCCGUCGCUGAAGGGAAAAUGCAGUUGUGUGAGGUAGAGACGGGUCAGUCCAGCAUCAUUCUGGACAUUGAGGAAAGCCGAGGUAGCUCCAUAGCACAACAUACAAACCCAUCGGAGCUACCGAUAUCUGGUGACCCGAACGAUGACAUCACCCUGGAGCUAGUGUUCCCAAAGGGCAAACCAACCUUCCUGCUCGAUGGCAAAUCCUUGCGACUGAUCCAUCCACUAGAUCGCGAUGAGGAAAACCUCAGCCACAUCGUCUUCCAGAUAACCUGUAUGGUGCGGUCAACGCGCCGCAAGCGCAACAUUCCAAUAAUCGUCCGAGUGUCGGAUGUCAACGAUAAUCCACCGAUGUUUAUCAACACACCCUACGAAACCACCGUCCCGGAGUCAACACCCGUCGGGACGACGAUAUUUCGCAGCAUACAGGCCACGGAUAAGGAUGCCGGUAUCAACGGUCUGGUCGAGUACUUCAUCGUCGAGGGAUCGCAAAAUAUUUCGGACAUUUCUCCAAACACCCUCACGGCGGCGGAUGGUUUCGGGGUGUUUGCCAUCGCAUAUCCUCACCAGGGACAGGUCACCGUGGUCAAGACGCUGGAUUACGAACGAACGCAGCGGUACUACCUGACCAUCGUUGCAUCGGAUCGUGCACGAAAUGCCAGCGAACGGCUAUCUGCUACAACAACAUUAACGAUCGAUAUUGCCGACUCGGAUGAUCAGGACCCAUCCUUUAUUUAUCGCGGAUGCGUAUUGCUGGACGGAGCAUGCCUCAACCCAGAGUAUAGCGCUUCCGUACCGGCCGGCACAUUGCAAGGCGUACUGACGGUAACACCCGAGCGAAUUCAAGCGGUCGAUCUCGACACAAUCAGUGCACCCAUUCGGUACUCCUUCCUGAGCGGCAUUCCGGGCAACUACGGUGAUUAUUUUGAGAUCGAUGCACAGACGGGUGUGCUGAAGCAGACGAAACUAGUGGAUGCUUCGGUGACGGCCAAAAAGUUUGACAUCAUCGUCAAAGCGGAGGAGGUCUCUGAUAUGAAGCGAUACACCACCGCCAAACUAUCGAUUCACGUGAAGCCGGUCGAUGCAUAUCCACCGAUGAUUAGUAUCUCCUCUACGGAGGGUUUUGUCGAUGAAAAUUCUCCAAUCGGAACGGUGGUUAUGGAUGCGCAGGGUAAACCGAUUAAGCUAUCUACCACCGAUCAAGAUCUCGGCCCGGACGGUGAAGGUAUGGAGUACAUCUACGAGGUAACGACACCGUCGUUCACCGUAUCGAAGGAAGGAAUACUGCGCGUUAACGAGGAAGGACUUGACCGUGAUCCUCCUAGUCCGGGAAAAUAUCUCUUCCAGGUCGUGGCGCGGGAAGCGAAUGGUAAUGCCGCGAGUGCACCAAUGAGUCUAACGGUGCACUUGCGCGAUGUUAACGACAACGCUCCGAAGCUGGCCAUGGUCGCCCCGGUUACAUUGAUGGCUGGCGACGGCCGACGACUAGUGACAAAGGUUCAUGCUACUGAUAACGAUGCGGCCGAUAAUGCCGUCGUCACAUACUCCAUCUUCCAUGUUUCCAACAACGGUGCAAGCAAAUUUGCCAUCGACCCCUCCACGGGUGAGAUUGAAACCAGAACACGUUUGAAUGCCGGUGAGCAGUAUAGCAUCACGGUACAGGCGUCGGACAUUGGCGGUUUGUCGUCGCAAGCCAUUGUUGAGGUGACUAUCACACCCGGACCAAACACGAAACCACCACGAUUCGCCAAACCGGUGUACGAGGUCCAGGUAAGCGAGGGAGCUGAAAUCAAUUCUACCGUCAUCGUACUCAAAGCGGAAGACCCAGAGAACGAUCCGGUCAGUUACGCCAUUACGACCGGAAACGAUCUACGCCAGUUCUCGAUCGGCAAGGACAGUGGCGUGAUAAGCGUAAUCCGGAAACUUGAUCGUGAAGAUCUUACGCGUUAUCAGCUGAUCAUACGAGCGGAAGACAACGGAGGACUAGCGAGCAGCGCCACCGUGAACAUCAAGGUCACGGAUAUUAAUGACAAGAAUCCGGAGUUUGAUGAACGUAAGUUGCCGUAUGUGUUUGCGGUAGACGAGGGUAAGGAAAACAUUGCAAUUGGAACGGUUCACGCGACCGAUGCCGACGAAGGUAUGAACGCGGAGAUUACGUACACCAUUCCAUCGGAUAUUCCGUUCAAGAUUGAUUCAAAGACAGGCGAGGUACGCACGAAGAUGGCGCUAGACUACGAGAAGCAAAAGGAGUACCGAUUUGUCGUGACGGCAAAGGACGGUGCACCAGAGCCACGGCUCGGAACGGCUAGUGUGACGGUGAAGGUCCGCGACAUCCCGGACGAAAUGCCCCGGUUUAUGGAGUCAACCGUGGAGAUAAAAAUACCGGAGAAUGUACCUGAUAUGACGGUUACUACGGUGCGGGCUUUUGAUCCGGACACGAACCCCGAGAUCACGUACGCACUGAAGCGCGGUCCGGGCGAUUUGUUCAAGGUGGAUGCCCGAACGGGCCAGAUUAAGACGAUUCGCGGAUUGGACUACGAGAAGGAUAAGAUGCACGAGCUGAUUGUUGGUACGCUGGAAAACAAUGGCACCAAUCCAGGCGACUACAUAAGGAUCAUGGUGGAGGUGGAGGAUCGGAACGACAUUCCGCCCGUAUUCGUCUCGAUCCCCGAACCCGUCAGUAUCAACGACAAUCUGCCGAUCGGAGCAAUCGUCGGAUCAAUGCCGGCCGUCGACGGUGACGGAUCCUCGCCAGGCAACGUAGUACGGUACGAGUUGGUCGGUCGCGGCAAAGCACUGAAGUACUUCCAGGUCGAUGCGGAUUCUGGAAUCGUGCGGAUACGUGAUGACUUGGGCAAGGAGGAGGAUAGUGAGUAUCUAAUCGAUGUACGGGCCUUUGAUAUGGGCGAACCGCAGCUGAGCAGUGUUUCGACGCUUCCCGUGUACGUUGGCCAUAUCCCUGCUAAUCCCAAUGGUGAUUCCGCCGAGUCACGACUGGAGAAUGGUGGUAUCGUGAACCUAGAGGUGCAGGGACUCGCAUUCAGUGACGACAGCUAUACUACUAGCGUUCCAGAGUCCACUGGCGUAAAUGCGACAAUUAAGCUCAUUCAAAUCAUCAACUCUAAGAAAGCCACUAAACACAACGGUGGCUUCAGCUGUGAACUGGUAGGGGAUGGCAAUGAGCAAAAAUUGUUCCGCGUCACUAUUGAAGAUCAUGCCUGCGCACUGAUACUGACCGCACCAUUAGACUACGAAACGGCCACCAGCCACACACUGGAGGUUCGGCUAGCAUCUAACAAAUAUUUCGUUAACCAGCACAAAAAUUCGGCCACCGUUAAGGUGAUCGUGCAGGACGAGAACGACAAUGUGCCACAGUUUGUGUUUCCGAAGACCUAUCAGCAAAGUACACGUAACGACACUUACUACGCUGUUAUCAAUGCCGAUGCAGACAUCGAAACACCUUUACUGCAAGUGAAGGCAAUCGACCGUGACGUAGGAUCGUUCGGUCAGAUCAAAUACACGUUGGUGGAUGUGGAGGAACAAUUGAACGAGAUCCCGCACGACGAUGCACCGAGCACGUACUUCACCAUCAGUGAGGACACCGGAAUGCUCAAGACUCAAAAAUCGUUCCAGAGUGUCCGUCAAACGCCGCUCGUAUUUUUGGUGGAAGCGCGAGACAACAAUGGUAACGCUUCCAGUGGCACGGUACACAAGGCGCGGGCUCGCGUUGUGGUCAACCUAAUUGCCGAUAUCAAUCGAAUGACGCUAGUGUUCCUGGACUCGAAUCCAAAAGAUAUGCGUCGUCAUGCACGCAAUCUCGAGGAACUAUUGCAUGAGAAAACUGACGGGCUGAUAACUGGCAUCGAAAGGUUUAGCGUUCGCAAAGUGCUGAACGAAAAUGGCACCGCAGAGGAGAUGGCCGGAGCGACCGAUGUAUGGUUCUACGCCGUUGAUCCGCAAACGGAACGCAUCCUCGAACGGAACUCAAGCACAAUCGCCAAGCGCGUGUUCGCACCGGCAAUCUUGUCCCAGAUAAAUUUCGAAGCAUCCAGUAUUGCACGUGCCACUGCUCAAGGCAUUUUCGGACCAAUCGAGCCGAAGCUGCCUAUUCAGAAAAUUAAAGCUACCAUCGUGGGUAAUGAUGACGUGUUCCCGUUUGCACUCAUUGCCGUAGCCAUCGUAAUUCUUAUUCUAGGUUCCAUCGGAAUCGUGUACAUUUGCAUAUCUUGGUCCAAAUAUAAAAACUUUAAGCAAAGAAUGCGCCAGUAUACUGCUCCCGCUAGCCCCGUACGCUACGAUCCAGUCAUGAUCAAUUCCCAACAGCAAGCACCGUCGGAGAAUCCGACCAGCUUGAAAGAGUACGAAACGCAGGUCCUUGCCAUGGCUGUUCCCCUUGCGGACGAGGGUGACGAUUUGCAGCUUGACUUUAGCGCCAAAAAUCAUGCCUUCAGUCUCGACAAUGUUAGCUACAUCACACACAAAGAAAAUGGUCAGCACAGUCCUACAAACUCCGACGCAACGACCGCUGUUGUUGGCACACUGCAGCGCAACAAUAACAAUAACACUAAAAACAACAACAAUCUUAAUAUUAACAAUCGCCAAAACACGCUCAACCGAACGCUCGAGAUGAACCGUAACAACUAUCUGAAUCCCCUGGUUUCCGGAGGAGGGAAUGGAGCGGUGCCCGGAACGUUAACCCUCGGGCGCAUAAAAUCCGAACGCAAUAACUACAUCAAUGGGUAUGGUGAUACACUCAACCGGAAUAAUUUAACCAUGGCCCAGAACAACACAUUCAACACGCUUGGCCGCAACCAGCGGAACAUCAACCACGUACCACACAACAAUGCCACCCAUGCAUCGAACAACAUCAACCUUAACCAGGGCCAUCAUCACCAGAUGCACAACGGUGGCGGUUACGUGGGGACAGAAAUAGUGACCAACACGCUCGGUCGCAACAAUCGCUACAAUGAUGUGCCAAUAACGAAUCCUCUGUUUCACAUACGACAAAACGGAGAUCUACAAUCGCAACCACAGCUGAACCACAUCAGCGCUACGAACGAAAACGUCAGUUUUGGCAAACGGGACUACAACCAGUUGUCCUUCUCCUAUCUAAACGAUCUAGAUCGAUCCGAUGCGGAAACUACUACGGAGCUGUAA